AUGAGUGUAGUAGAAACUAAAUUAAAUCCACCUGAAAAAUUUCCUUUUCCAUUCAAUCCGUAUUUAAUUCAAAAUGAUUUAAUGAAAAAUUUAUACGAAGCUUUAGAAGGGAAAAAAUUGGGAAUAUUUGAAAGUCCGACGGGUACCGGUAAAUCAAUGUCACUUAUAUGUGGCUCGUUAAAAUGGCUUUUGGAUGCUCAGGAAAGAAUAAAAAACGAUUUAGAAUUAAAUAUAAAAAAUUUAAACGAUGAAUUAAAAAAUACAAGCUUGGGUAGUAAUUGGUUAGAAGAGCAUUCCUCUUUAACAAAGCUCAGACAUAAAAGGGAUCAGUUACAAAAUGAGUUAAAUAGGGUUUUAAAUAUGGAAAACAGAAUAGAAAAUAUUAAAACUAAAGCAAAAAAAGUUAAAAUAAAAGCAUCUAAACUUGCUAAACAUCAAUCGCAAAAUAUCAAUUCAGACACGGACAAAGAAAAUCAAAAUGAUUAUGUUAAAGAUGAUGAUGAUGAUGAUGAAAUUUUAUUAAACGAUUAUUUAUCUAAUGAUGCUACAAAAUUUGGUGAUGUAUUGAGUGAUUCCGAGUUGGAAAAUGAAGAAGAAGAUAAAUACUGUGGUUUAAAAAUUUUUCUUUGUAGUCGAACACAUUCUCAAUUAUCUCAACUUGUUAGGGAACUUCAAAAAAGUCCUUACAAUGAUUUAAAAAUUAGGGUCGCAUCAUUGGCUUCGAGACAGAAUUAUUGUAUUAAUGAAAAUGUUCUAAAACUAAAACAUUUACCUUUGAUUAAUGAAAAAUGUCAAGAACUACACGAUAAAAAUAAAAGUAAAACCACCAAAACUUCAGAAAAUGGAGAAGUAUUAAAAAGACAAAAAGCAAAUACUGGGUGUCCAUAUUACAAUCACUCUAACAUUGAAGAUUUGAAACAUACACUUUUGUCGGAAAUUCUAGACGUAGAACAAUUAUUACACAAAGGAAAUAAAUUUAAUGGAUGUCCAUAUUAUGCUUCUCGAUAUGCAGUUGAUGAUGCCCAAGUUAUAAUUGUCCCAUACAAUACAAUUUUACAUGACAGUACGAGAAAAGCUUGCGGUAUAAAUUUAAAAGAUUCAGUUGUCAUCAUCGAUGAAGCUCAUAAUUUAUUAGAUGCGAUAGGAAACAUUUACAGUUGUUCGAUUAGCGGUUAUGAUCUGGCUGCUUCAUACAGUCAACUUGUACAGUAUAAAGAAAAAUACAGUGAUAGAUUUUCAGCUAUAAAUUUACUUCAUAUAAAUCAGUUAAUUUUUAUUGUGAAAAAAUUAUUUAUGAAAAUCGGUGGAAAAGAUGGAGUGCAUCCUAAUGCAGUGUCGAAUGAUAAAACGGAAAUAACUUUAGAAACUUUGGCAGAAUUCAUUCCUUCCACAGAGAUAGACACAAUUAAUUUUUACAAAAUAUUAGAAUUUAUAACUAAAAGCAAUAUUGUGAAUAAACUUCGUGGUUUUGUUUUAAAAUAUAAACCCUCGGUUAUUUUACAUAAAAAAGAAGAAAAUAAAGGUGUUUCUGCAUUUUUAAAAAAACUGUCUGCUAAAAAAGGAGAUUUUGAGGAAAAACCUGAAGCAGAAGAUGAAAUCAUCGAAGGAAAUCCUCUUUUUAACGUCACUACAUUUUUGCACUCAUUAACCAACCAUUGUUUAGACGGGAGAAUCGUUUGUACUAUAAAUAAAACCGUUGGAACGUCAACAUUAAAAUUUCUUUUACUUAAUCCCGCAUCACAUUUUGAAGAUAUUGUCAAAAAUGCAAGAUCCGUGAUACUUGCCGGUGGGACUAUGCAACCAAUUUCCGAAUUCACAGAUCAACUUUUUUACUUGGCUGGUGGAAGUCCCGAUCGUUUAAAAGUUUUCACUUGUGGACACGUAGUUUCGAAGGAAAAUAUUCUACCAAUAAUAGUUCCAUCUGGUCCCACGGGAAAAGUAUUUGAUUUCUCCUAUCAAAAUCGGAAAAACGUUGAGAUUUUGGAUGAACUGGGUCGACUCCUUGUCAAUAUUAGUAACGUUGUACCAGCUGGAAUUGUUUGUUUUUUUCCAAGUUACGAAUAUGAAAAUUUUAGCUAUCAACAUUUUGAAAAAACUGGAGUUAUAAUGAAAUUACUGAAGAAGAAAAAGGUUUUACGGGAACCUAAAAAAACAAAUAAAGUUGAUGAAGUUUUAAGAGAUUACAGUGAAGCUGUGAAAAAAACAGGAGCUUUGCUAUUCAGCGUUGUUGGCGGGAAAUUGAGCGAAGGUUUAAAUUUCAACGACGAUUUGGGACGUUGCAUCAUCGUCGUCGGUUUGCCAUAUCCGAAUUUAACUAAUCCGGAACUUAAAGAAAAAAUGAAUUAUUUAAAUCAAACCGUGGCUGUGAAUCAAAGCAUAGGACGAUCAGUGCGCCAUAAAAACGAUUAUGCUUCCGUACUAUUAAUCGACCAAAGAUUUUCUAAAACAAAAUGUAUAAAUGCUUUACCACAAUGGAUUCAAGAAUCGUUACAAAAAGGUGAAAGAUUCGGAUCCGUUAUAAAACUUCUUGCAAACUUUUUCUCGACGAAAAAAAGUUAA